AUGACGACUCACAUCUCCCAUCUUGAACAGGAUUUAUCCGGUUCCGUGACCACUACAACUAGUGCCGUCUCCCACCUUUCCUGUGGCGCCCCCGAUUCUGUGCCAAUUUUUCACAGUCUCUUGAGGUUUCGUUCCGAUCAUCGUCGGUCUUUAGAAACUUCGAGUGUAGUUGGCGACUCUGUUGCGAUCGAGCAAGUUCCACGGCCAGGCCAUCGGCGGCGAGCGUCCAUACUUAGCAAGCUGGCGGGUCCGCGGGAAAACGCAAAGCGAUUCCUCCGCCUGGGGACCCCUAUCCACCCGACUACUACCCUGACGCCACCCACUCCCUCAAUGCCCGAAACACAUCGCCCUCGUCCGGUGUCUGAGAUCUUUCUGUCCCCCGAUGAUGCACAAAUGCUUUCCAGCACGGGUUUGAGGACGGGCAGGCUGCGCUCCCACUCUUCGUCGACUGUGUCGGCGUCUCAGCCUUCCCCGAUUUCGGCUCAACCGGCAAUCCCGGCGGCGGAUCCAUCGGUGCCGUUUCCCACACUGCGCAAUGAGAAGAUCGUGGCGACCGGCAGUGGGAUAACUGUUGGUGUUGCGCUCACCGAACCCGUUCUGUUUCUUCAGGGAUAUGAUCAUAAUGAUCCCAGCACUAAAAAGUCCGCCAUCUUGCGCGGGCAACUGCAUCUCAAAAUCACCAAGAGUGUCAAGGUCAAGAAGAUCUCCAUUUGUUUCCGCGGACAUGCUCAGACCGAUUGGCCGGAUGGUAUGCACCCACCCAUUGUUCUUCCUCCAGGUGGCGUCAUCACUAACGCUUUGUCUCAUGUAGGAAUUCCGCCCAAGAAAGUCCACUUCCACGACAAGAAAGACCUCGUCACACAUGGCGUCAUGUACUUCAACCAUGGAGAUACUGCGCUAAUGCAGAACGACUACGGUGCGCACUUCUACCAGCACGCCAAACCGGUGACGUCGGUGACGGGCAAGGAUGGGCCGACCACCAGCACUCGGGAGUUGCUCUCAAAGACCGGCUCGGCGACCUCGUUGGGCCAGAACGGCCAGCUCACGACCAAGGAUCUGAAGCGACUGUCUUUGCAGUCCAAUCAUUCGCGCAGUUUCGGCAAGAAUGACGCCCCGCCGCCCCCGGUUCACACUCAAAGCAACUACCGGUUGUUCCCUGUCGGUGAUUAUCUGUAUAGCUUCGAGUUUCCCAUCGAUGGAUCUCUCCCAGAGACGAUCAAGACCGAUCUGGGGUCUGUUCGCUACGAUAUCGAAGCGAUCGUGGAACGGGCGGGUGCGUUCCGCCCCAACCUGCUGGGUACAUUGGAAGUGCCGGUCAUCCGCACGCCGGCAGAGGGCUCGUUGGAGCAGGUCGAGCCGAUCGCCAUCUCGCGAAACUGGGAAGACCAACUGCAUUAUGACAUUGUCAUCUCGGGAAAGUCAUUCCCUCUUGGAUCGCAGGUUCCCAUUGCGUUCAAAUUGACGCCGUUGGCGAAGGUCGAGUGCCACCGCAUCAAGGUGUAUGUGACCGAAAACAUUCAGCACUGGACUGCAGACAAGAGCGUCCAUCGGUUCCAGCCAGCGAAGAAGGUGCUGCUUUUCGAGAAACGGGCGGAUUCGGCCAGUACCAGUACCUAUCCAGGAAGCUCAAUGCGAGUGAUGGCAGGUGGUGGUAUCGACUGGGACCGUCGCGCGGCUGCUGCGAGAGGUGAAGAGAUUGUCGAUCGGAACCGCACCAACCUCCUUGGAAACCUCUCCAGCGACGCGGGGGUUGGCCCGACUGAGAUGGAGUUCAACGUUCAGCUUCCCAGUUGCCAGGAGAUGCGCAACCGGGAUGAGUCCCAGCGACUGCAUUUUGACACCACGUAUGAAAACAUCCAAAUCAACCAUUGGAUCAAGAUUGUACUGCGGCUGUCCAAGGUUGACGAAAGAGAUUCGGGUAAGCGAAGACACUUCGAGAUCUCGAUCGACUCUCCAUUCCACCUGCUUUCUUGCAAGGCUACACAAGCGAAUAUCUACCUACCUGCAUACACCUCGCCUGACUCGGAGCCGCAGCCGCAGGCUCAGGAGUAUGAAUGUGGUUGUCCGGGGGCGCCGCCCGUCAACAGGAAUGGCUCUCGGAACGGCUCCAGCCGGCAGUCACUGUCUUCUGACCGGGACGAGGUGCCACUCGGCGGCGCAGUUGCGAGAAGCUUCACCAAUGGUUCCGGCGGACUGGCUCGACCUCCCCAGGCGCACUUGGCGGAUGAGCCAACCGAUCGAAAUCCUGCGCCGCGACCGAUGCAUCUUCUGCGGGCGCCAUCAUUUGCACCGCCCGCCUUUGAGGAAGUCCCGCCACCACCUCCACUCGUGACGCCUCCCCCGGAGUAUAACACCAUUGUUGGGGAUAACGACAGAGAAUCGGUGCUGCAGGACUACUUCUCACGGCUAUCCUUUUACGAGGAACAUGCCGAUGAUGAUCGGGGCCGCGGACGAGUUGAUGUGCCUCUGACGCCAGGAGGGCGUGUGAACCGCAGCAUGGACGUCCCACGCGAGUGGAUACCAGCUGUAGCAGAUACAGCAGAUGCAUGGAUUAAGUUAUACUUUCACUUCACUAUUGGAUUGAUUCCCCUCCCUUGCGUAAACACAAAAGGGUUAGAGUUGCAUUACCUAACAAUUGAAAGGAAAAUACGAGAGAAAGAAGAACAGAGCAGAAUGCCCAUCAAAGUAACAGACCUCACCGAGGCAGAUAUCCCCGCCGCCAUUGAGAUCAUUCAGACGGCAUUUGCGGAAGAUCCGUAUUUCAAGUGGGUGUUUGAUGCUGAGAAUUUCAACAAACAACGGAAUCACGAUUCAUUAGCCGUCCGAUGUCGCUGGGGAAUUAACAAUGCCAUUUUCCAGGUUGCCAAAGACACCAGCACCACCACAGAAGCAGGAAAAGAAGGGGAUGAGAGAGUAGUCGGCGUCUCUUGCUGGCUCCCACCCCAACCCCCUCACACGCCUGAAACCUGGUACAGCUGGACGCAAAGCUGGCUACUCAGCUGGCGGCAGAUGCUCAACAACGUGUGGCAUUUCGGCCGGGGCGGACUGCGCACGAACCGGUACUGGAUCUGGAAGGAGCGGCAGCAUGAAGCGCAAAGCCAGAUCUGGGAUGAUCCGAAAGGAUACUAUUUCUGCAAUAUAGUGGCAGUCCGCCCCGAUUGUCAGGGCUUGGGGGUAGGGAGGAAGCUUUUCGAAGCGGUGACGGAUCGGGCGGAUCAAGAGGGCGUGAAGUGUUAUUUGGAGAGUUCGAGGAAUGUGCCCAAUGUGCAGAUCUAUGAGAAGAUGGGGUUUGAGAUGAGGAAAGAGAUGGAGUGUAGGGAUGGGGGGGAUGUUUGUAUGUUUCUGUGGAAGGGGAGGAGGAGAAGGGAGGUGGUGGGUGAAACGGGGGUGUUGCAUCAGAUGGCUAACUUGCGGCAGCUCUAUUGUAUGGUUCGUGAACCAAAGUCUAAGUCGGAACAGUGA